GCGAAAGGUGAAAAAAAGACAAUGGCGCCAGUCGGAUUACCUCCAGGUUUUAGGUUUCAUCCCACUGAUGAAGAGCUUGUGAAUUACUAUCUCAAGAGGAAGAUUCAUGGACAAGAGAUUGAACUGGAUAUCAUUCCUGAGGUCGAUCUCUACAAAUGUGAGCCUUGGGAGUUGGCAGAGAAGUCAUUUUUGCCUAGUAGAGAUCCAGAGUGGUACUUCUUUGGACCACGGGAUCGAAAAUACCCUAACGGGUUCAGGACUAAUAGGGCAACCCGGGCGGGAUACUGGAAAUCCACAGGAAAAGACCGGAGAGUAACAUGCCAAAGUCGCGCCAUUGGAAUGAAGAAAACACUGGUUUACUACCGUGGCCGUGCUCCUCAGGGGAUUAGGACGGAUUGGGUGAUGCAUGAGUACCGCCUUGAUGACAAGGAAUGUGAAGAAACGUCCGGAAUUCAGGUAGAUUCCUACGCAUUGUGUCGGGUGUUCAAGAAAAACGGGAUAUGCUCGGAGAGUGAAGAGCAAGGACAAUGUAGCUCGUCAUUGAUGGAGAGCUCACAAGGCGUCCUCAAUGACUACGAGACCAUGUCACCGGACGUUCCCCUACCAUCCUCUUCAUGCAUGGAGGAGGAAGACAAAGAUGACUCAUGGAUGCAGUUCAUAACCGACGAUGCAUGGUGUUCUUCCAACACGAUCAUGGGUGGCGCCGAUGAAGUCUCGUGCCCGCCUGCAUUCACAAACUGAAAGGCCGGGAGAGUUGUCAACCAACCACAAAUAAUAAUUUAGAUAUCUAUAUAUAUUUCAUAUAAUAAGACAUCUGCAUGUUCUUGAGGACAAGUUUGUAAAAUUUCUUGAUUUUUAUGUGUAGAUUAUUGUGCCUAAUUGCUUGUAGUUUCUUCAUCUUCCAUAUAUCAUAUCUCUAUAUAUGGUGGUUUGGCGGGUGGCAUAUGUCCAUGAAGGCCAAUAUAUGGAAUGGCUGUCUGGAUUUUUAGGGUUUUAACCUCUUGAUUGAGGCUUAUUUGGGUGUUACUUGUGGAAUAAAGGACAUGAAUAAUUAAUAUUUUUA